AGUAUUAGUCAUGGCGGAUAUUUUAACACUUGUCUUUAGGACUUUAAUGUCAAAAACAAAUUUAAAAAAUGACUGCCAAAUUACGCCUCCGUCGCCCGAAAGUUGUGGCACGCUGGUGCUGGGAGACAACAGCAUUAGCCGCUCUUUGCUCCUCCUCGCGGCUGUUACAGCUGCCGAGACGGGGAUGAACGUGAUAUUUUUCACUAGCACGCAAAUUCAGAGUCUUCCACUGUCUCUGCAGAAAUGUAUUCCAAGCUUGAGGCCGGAAAUUCUGAAGAAAAUCAAGUUUUGCUAUCCCUGCAGGAUGGAGGAGCUGCUUCAGCAGGUAGCUAGCCUUCAUGAGUUCAUGUCUGUCGCACCUCCCUCAUUAAUCAUAGUUGAUAGACUGGAGGGCUACCUGUGCAGCCCAGUAGGUGGCAUCACCAGUGGAUUUUACCCUGGAGAGCAGUCCUGUGCUGCACACCUUGCUGCACUGCUAUGUGACAGUGCUGCCUUCCUCACACGACUACUGAAACAACGUUCCUCUUGUGCGGCCCCCUGCAGCUUCAUCGCCUCCUUCCAGUCGAAAGUAGACACCGGGCAAGCAGGUGGGGAGGCCUCUGCCAUAGAUCCAAUUCUUGAUGUUCUUGAUCGCUAUUUUCAAGUUCGCUGUACUCUGGAUCAAGACAAAAGUUAUGAAGCUGUGGCAGCUGGGUUACAGGAGGUGUGGCACAUUUUUGUCUCUGGGACAGGCACCGCACAAUCCUGUUGUAUGAAAGACAAUAAGGGCAGGCUAAACAUAGACCAAGAGUGGCAGCUGUUAAUUUUUCCUGACAGUCAGAUGGAGUUUAAAUUGGUUUAAAAAUGUUUACUCCAGAGAAUCAUGGAGUCAUGGAGUGGUUUUUGAAGAUCAGUUGCUUCACCUGCAGACUAGUUUUGUUCACAGAAAUUGCUUUUUUGGCAUUGCUCAGCUUUUAAUUGAAGGUCUUGGGUGUUUCUGGAGACGAUAAGUUAAGCUACAGUGUAAUUGUACAGUUUAAUAGUACCUGCCGCACUGCCUUAAAAGUUAAGCAUUGUUCCUGAUUUCAAUUGUAAAUCUUUGCCCUUCUUCUACCUGACAUGACUGCGCUGGCAAAUUGGCAAGUUAACAUGAUUAAAGUCAGUCUUCACUUACA